AAGAAGAUUGCUGAUACUGCGUGGGCAUUUAAUGCAUUUGGUUUACCCACUCCCUCUUUUGUUUGUCAAUCUCACUCAAGCUAUACAUACAUAUACAUAGAGAAGAGAUAUUAAUCUUAUUGUAGAGGCAAGCCAAUUAACCGCUAAUAUAAUUGUGUCGGCGCUACCUAGCUCUGAUGAUGCGGCUGGAAUUGGAAUUGGAAUUGGAUUGUCCCUCUCCUUCUGCAGCUCCUAAUUAUACUAGUGCUGCUCUGCUGCCCUGGGAUCAUGUUCUCAAUAUGUCUCCCACACCUGAAGGAGACUCUUCUUUUUGCUGCAACUCCAAUCAAACUCCAAAAUUCCAGGCAAUUCCUUUUUCAGCGCAACUGUGUCUCCUUGCAGUCUUCCAUGGAAUUGAUGAAAGAAAUUACUACUCUCGAAAUUGAGAUAAUGCGUUUGGAACGAUAUUUACUCUCACUUUACCGGACAGCUUUUCACCAAAAUCUCCCAGCUUUAUUGGAAAAUCAGAAAAUCCAUUCACAGGGCAAGAUAAGCUCCUCUACCCAGUGUACAACGGACCACGAUGUACAACUGGAUACGUCAAAAUGUGGUGCGGACCAAUAUGAUCGAAUCUCCACUACACAUGCUUUGCCUGGUGUAAGUGAUCAGAUUCAGACUGCCAAGAAGUCAUCGUCUAUAAGGGAAAAGUUAACUGAUUCUGCCCACCGUAGUCUUGCGGAUCAUCUCAUUGCCUCCCGCAUGGAUGAUGUUCUUAGUUAUCCUGAUAGGCUGUCCGAAGAAAUAGUCAGAUGCAUAUCUUGUAUAUACUGCAAAUUUUCCAAUCCCGAAAUUCUUGCUCAAAAGGGAUUAUCAGUUUCUUCUACUUCGUCAUUAUCAUCAUCAAGCACAUUUUCUCCGAGAAAUCUUUCAGGCAGCUGGAGCUCACAUCACAAUGAGGAGAGCACUGAGCAGUAUGAAUUUGAAGUCUGCAAAGAUGACAACAGACCAUAUUCUACAAUGAUUGAAAUUUUGAAGAUAUGUCUAGAUGAUGAUAGUUUCAAUUAUGCCACAGCAAUGCUGCAUAAGUUCAGGUCACUGGUUAAGAGCCUUGAAAAAGUUGAUCCAAGAAACAUGAAGCGUGAAGAAAAGCUAGCAUUUUGGAUCAAUAUUCAUAAUGCCCUGGUGAUGCAUGCUUACUUAGCCUAUGGAACUCAAAAUUCUGUCAGAAGUUCUUCAAUCUUGAAGCAGGCAGCUUAUAAUGUGGGUGGCCAUUGCGUAAAUGCUUAUCUCAUACAGAGCUCCAUAUUAGGGAUACAACCACACUAUUCUGCACAGUGGCUACGGACGCUCUUUUCUCCGGGGAAAAAGUUUGCGACAGGAAAUUCUAGACAUACCUAUGCAAUUGAGUACCCUGAGCCACUUGUUCACUUUGCGCUGUCUUUGGGUGCAUCUUCUGAUCCCUCGAUCCAGGUUUACACAGCGAAGAAGGUAUUUCAGGAUCUUAAAGUAUCAAAAGAGGAGUUUAUACGGGCUACAGUUUACAUUAACAAGGACAAAAGGAUUUGUCUGCCUAAAAUCAUAUGCUAUUUUGCAAAAGAUAUGUCCCUGAGCAAGGAUGGAGUAGUUGAAACUGUCAUGGGAUCUCUACCGGAAACUCAGAUGAAACUAGUCAGAUCCCGCAUGAAGGACAGAGCCGAUAAGUUAAUUUAUUGGUUACCACAAAGUUGGACGUUUAGAUAUUUGAUCCACAAACAAGUAAUCCAGGGAAGAUUAUCCAUUUAACUGUCAAUAUUAGCGUGCUUAUAUAUUUCUUUACCUCCUUUAAUUAAUUGCUAAUUACUCGUGUAAGCAUCAUUAUAUAUACUCUGUUGGGAUGUUCAGUAAGUUUAAAAUAAGGUUGUAUCGUACGGAAUUAUAUAUGAUCAAAGUAAAUUAAAGUUUGUCUGA